CUGGCUAGGUGAAGAGGACUCACAGACAGUUGAUCGCUCGGCAGUGGGGCGGGAUCCUCUCCUCUCCUCCACCGCCGGGGCGCCUGAUUUCUUAGGGAGAGAAAGAAAGAAAGAAAGAAAGAAAGAAAGAAAGAGAGAAAAGAAAUCUCUUUUCUUUUGUGCCUGUGCGGGUACCCCGAGAGGGGGUUUGGGGAAGGGAGGAACGAAGAGGAAGAAAACGCUCGGAGCCCGGAGUCAGUCAAGUACUCGCCGGCAAAGUUUGGUCCGGCGCCCCGAGGACUCGGAGCGAGGAGACUUGCCGCCGCGGGUCUUUCCUUCCGGAUCGCUGCCGGGAAUCUAGAGGAGCGGGGAGGGUGAUUGGUUUUCCCGGGUUUUCCCGGGUUCCCGUUCCCGUUCUUGGAGCCGCUGUACAGGGAAGGACGCCGGCGGGAUCUCGGGUUUCGCCCCCAGACUGCAGGGACCGGAGGAAACCUCCCCAUUUCUUCUCCUGCGCCCCUGACUCCCCUCCCUCCUCUCAUCCUCCCUCCACCCUCACCCCCUUCAUCCCCACCCUGCCUCCCUCCCUCGGCCAUUAAGUUUGGCCGAGAUUUGGGUCCAGGAAAGUUGGGGAAGGGGGGGGAGCGAGGCAGAGUUUCAGCCUGCUCAAUCUGGUGAUGGGAAAAAGUGCAGAACCCCGGGGGUGAAGGAGGCUCCAAGGGUUUAAGGAGCGAGCUGAAGCGGGGCCCCUACCAGUUGUCUCAUUCUGGCCAGCGAGGUCCACGUGUUGAGGGGGCCCAGGUUGGAGUAGAUGGCCAAGUGGCUGAAGGACUACCUGAACUUUGGCAGCCGGCGGUCUCCCCCGCAGCCCCCCAAACCUGACUAUACAGAGAGCGACAUCUUCAGAGCCUACAGGGUUCAGAAGAGCCUGGACUUCGAAGACCCCUAUGAAGAUGGGGAGGGCAAAGCAGAAUCAGACCCAGGUACUCUCGACUCACCUGGCAAAUACAGCACCCUUAAACACCGGCUUAUCAAGGUGGAUUCCACAGACCUAAACUGCGACAAAGUCCUGCUGGGGACCCCAGGGAAGGACAAGCCAGCUGCUGAGAGUGAGUACUGUGACCCCUUUGACACUCGAGACGAGGCCCGGGUAGCCCUAGGGAAACAGCCACUGCCUGAGAACAAUGGCUACAUGGAGCCCUAUGCUGCCCAGCGGGUCAUGGCAGGUCCCAGGACCUGGGCUGGUGCUGAGCCCCACUGCUGCCUUCCCCCAGAGCUGCUGCAGCCGGAGGGCCAGAGGGGGCCAGGGACCCAGGCAGGGCUGCAGCUCUACGACACUCCCUACGAGGAGCAGCGGGAGGGGCUGGAGGCUGAGGGGAGGACUCGACCUCUGGAGAACCGCCUGCCCCAAGACGACGAGCGGCCUGCCGAUGAGUACGAUCAGCCUUGGGAGUGGAAGAAGGAUCAUAUUUCCCGCGCCUUUGCAGUGCAGUUUGAGAGUCCUGAAUGUGAGCCAGCCUCAGGACUGGCUAAGGAGCAUUGGUGCCCGCCCCCAACACUUGGGCUGGGUGGGAGCAAGCUCUGGAGGGGACCCAUCCGCGAGGGCAGCACCCCUGUGGCUGAGCGCGUGGAUCCAACUGUGCCUCUGGAGAAGCAGGCGUGGUUCCACGGCUCCAUCAGCCGAGUGGAGGCAGAGAGCCAGCUAUCCCUGUGCAAAGAGGGCAGCUACAUGGUCCGUCACAGUGAGACCAGCCGCGAUGACUACUCCCUGUCCCUUAGGAGCAGCCAGGGCUUCCUCCACAUGAAGUUCACCCGGACAAAAGAGGACAAGUACGUGCUGGGCCAGCACAGCGGCCCCUUCGCCAGCAUUCCCGAAGCUGUCCACUACUAUUGUGCCCGACCGCUGCCCGUGCAGGGGGCCGAGCACCUGGCCCUGCUUUAUCCCAUCACCGUACAGACUCUCUGACCCGGUGUAUCUACCACGGGCCCUGGCAACCGUGCUGCACGGGGUUUAACAGCCGGGGCUCGUGUUCUUCAGCAUCGGGCCUGGUGCUCAGGCCCGGCGGUCUUCUUGCCUGCUGUGGUUUCAGGCUCUGAUCGUGCAAAAUGACUUCUCCCUGACUUGCCAUCCUCCCACCUGCUUCUCGCUGUGCUUAGGGAGUCCUGGAGAAAAGGGGCAGUGCUACGACCCUUCAGCUGGAACCUUGGUCCCAGAGUGACAAAAGAGCUAGAGUGCCCUACGCAUAGAGACAAAGAGGGCAGCAGUUGGUACUCCAGAGGCCUGGCACCUCCAAAUUCUGUGUCUUCCCAGAGCCCAGGAGCCAGACUUUUGACGGAAUAAAUAAGUUAUUGACUCUC